CGCCUUACCGGCAUUUCAGCGUUUAACCGCCGGCAGGCGAGAGCGUUCUCGCGUUAUUUAUUUAUUUAUUGUCGAAGACUUUUAUUAUUUUCAAGAUGUUGUGCCUUUGCCUUUACGUGCCUGUCCGCAAUUCCGAUCACGUCGAGGUGGAGUACUUUGAAUCGAACGGAUUACCGUCCGAGCUGAAAUCGCUGAAAUCUCUCAGCGUGCUUCUGCCCUCGCAGGAGUUCUCGACAUAUCGAAAAUGGAGGAAGAAAACCACAAAAACCGCAGAGAAAGAGCAUGACGGACAACUGGACUUUGAAGAGUUCGUCCACUACCUCCAAGACCACGAGAAGGACCUGAAGCUCGUCUUCAAAAGCCUGGAUAGAAAGAUCGCAGGUCAGGUGAACGCCAACGACAUCGUGAACUCGCUGAGAGAUCUUGGCGUCCAUAUUUCCUUCCAGCAAGCGGAGAGAGUCCUUCAAAGCAUGGACAAAAACGGCACGAUGACGAUUGACUGCAACGAGUGGAAGAAGUAUCCCGCGUUGAAGCCUGCCGAAAACAUUCCCGAAAUCAUCCUGUACUGGAAACACUCGACUAUCUUCGAUGUGGGAGAGAACAUGAUGGUCCCGGACGAGUUCACCUCGGAGGAGCGCGUGACGGGGAUGUGGUGGAGACAUCUGGUCGCUGGCGGAGGAGCUGGGGCCAUUUCCCGAACCUGCACCGCUCCGCUCGACCGCCUUAAAGUCCUCAUGCAGGUGCACGGGUCUCACGGGAACAACAUGUGUAUAAUGAGCGGACUCGCCCAGAUGAUCAAGGAGGGAGGGAUGCGUUCGCUGUGGAGAGGCAACGGCAUCAAUGUCAUCAAAAUUGCUCCCGAGUCGGCCCUCAAAUUCAUGGCCUACGAGCAGAUCAAACGGCUGAUGGGAAGCGGUCAGGAAUCUCUGGGGAUCACGGAGCGCUUCGUGGCUGGUUCCCUGGCAGGAGUCAUCGCCCAGAGCGCCAUCUACCCCAUGGAGGUUCUCAAAACCCGUCUGGCGUUGAGAAAGACGGGCCAGUACAAGGGCAUUUCGGACUGCGCCAAGCUGAUCCUGAAGGGCGAGGGAGUGUCCGCUUUCUACAAAGGCUACGUUCCGAACAUGCUAGGCAUCAUCCCGUACGCCGGCAUCGACCUGGCCGUCUACGAGACGUUGAAGAACACUUGGCUCCAGCGCUACGGGACGGAGAACGCGGACCCCGGUGUGUUUGUGCUGCUAGCCUGCGGGACGGUUUCCAGCACGUGCGGCCAACUCGCGAGCUACCCGCUAGCUCUCAUACGGACACGCAUGCAGGCACAAGCUACGGUUGAAGGUGCGUCUCAGGUCUCAAUGACGGGCCUCUUCAAGCAGAUCAUGAAGGCCGAGGGCCCCACGGGUCUCUAUCGGGGCCUGACCCCGAACUUCCUGAAGGUCAUCCCGGCCGUCAGCAUCAGCUACGUGGUGUACGAGCACAUCAAGUCGUCGCUGGGCGUGCGCUCGAGAUGAGGACGGCCAGGCGGGAAUCUCGAGGCUCCCGAGUCUCGAGGUGUUUGAGGCUCAAUCUCAUUCUGUGAAUGAGCGAGGACGAGAACGCUGCUAACGGACAUCUCGUUAUUUAUUACGUUAAAAAAGGAGUUCAGAAGCUGAAAUCAGGGACCAAUGUUUUACGUGUUCGUGUGUGGUAAAGUGCCACUGAGAGAAGGAAUCGAUUGCUGUUAAGAAAUGCAAUUCAAUCAAAGCAACACUACCGUCCAACGCAUUAUUUCAUGCUGAUUGACGUUGCACUGCCCGUUUAUUAAAGCUGCUUUAUAUUGACUAAAGUAAUAUAUUUAUACAUCUUUAUAACCAGAUAUUUAUUUAUAUUGUGGCAUCUGAGAGGUUGACGAGUGUUGGGUGGUUGACAGUGGUUUUUGUGUUUUUCAGUAGUUCUGCUGUCUUAAUUUAAUCUUAAUGGCGGUUAUUUUAAAUCGGCACACUGUUGUUCUUCGCUUUGCCUUAAUAUCUGGUUGAUAUGAAGACGAAUGCACUUUAAUUGCUUUAGACCAUUGUGAAUGCAAUGCGAUGACUGUAAACCUUGUCCGGGGGUGUGAGAGUUUUGUUACGGGGACCAUAUGUUUGAGUAAUAAAUGCACAUGAAGUGAUUUACCUGCAGUAUUGGGGGUUUUGAGUACACUAAUUUCAACACACAAAUGCACCGAUUUGGUUGUAUCUGAAGGACUGGAAACGGCUUUAAAAUGUUCUUGGGAAUGAAUGAUUCAAGUAUGAUUUUCGUUGUAACAGCAUUUGUUUCAGAGUGGCGCUUGUUUAAGAUGAUUUAGUUUUUUUAAAAAAAGAAAUCCUUAAAUGUAAUUUAUUUUUUCAAUAAAAGCUUAAUAUUCAAA